UGAAUUUGCUGUAAUGUUCAUGAGUGAUGAUGAUGAUGAUGAAGAAGGUGUGUGUUGUUUUACAGGAGCGCUGGAGGUUUCUCAGCGCAGUCCAUUCGCCUGUUGGUUCAGUUCGAUGCUGUAUUGUUUCGGUGGAGCUGUUCUCUCAGCGCUGAUGAUGGCAGACGCCCCGGUCGCUGUCAGCUCCAACAGCACAAAUUUAGUGAUUAGAACUAAAACUUGGUAUCUGGUGUUUUAUUGUCCUCUGGAUGCCGUGUACUCGCUGGCGUCCGUGUUGCCCGUGCGUCUGGUCUUGACGGCGAUGAAGGAAGUGACCCGUACCUGGAAGGUUCUGGGCGGAGUCACACAAGCAGGAAGGAAGUACAAAGACGGUCUGUUUGUGAUGAUCGCGGUGGGCUGGGCUAAAGGAGCCGGUGGAGGACUCUUGAGUAACUUUGAGCAGCUGGUUCGAGGCGUCUGGAAACCAGAAACCAACGAACUCCUGAAGAUGUCAUACCCGACCAAGGUGACGCUGCUGGGAUCCGUUGUGUUCUCUCUCCAUCAGUGCCACUUUCUCCCGAUUCAGACGCAUCAGCUGAUCUUCAUCUACACGCUCUUCAUCGUCACCAACAAGACGCGGAUGAUGUUGUUGGGUUCGUCAUCGUAUCCGUUUUCAGCGGUGGAGACUCUGCUCUACAAGACUCUGUUUGUUCGACCUUUGACAUUUUCACCUCUGACCGACCCGACCCAGAGCUGCUGCGCUUCCCCGAACCACAACAAACCCAACGCACAAGACCGGAAACCCAGCGACACCAACGAACCGGACCAAACCAGCCCCAAGGACGCAGAAACCACCAAAAAGACCGACUGAGUCCUGAUGGAGAACUGUAGCGUUUCCUGCUGAUGAUGUUUUUAAAUGCACAGAUGCUCUUUUUAUCUGAAUAUCUUGAUUCGUACAUAUUUGCUAUUCUGAGCUGAUUCACAGAAGAUUCUGUUCUUUUCUAUCCUGUGAUGGUGAGGAUAAUAUAUUUUAAUAUUAUUUAUAAUGCAUUUGUGAAUGCAAUCACUGAAAGUAGAAUGCCGAAACCUGUUUUACUGUAAGACGUUUUGAUGCUGAAAUGAUUGAAUAUAAUUCACUCGCUCUGA